GUCGACCUUCGCACAAAUAGAUGUCCUAGAUCUCGAUGACUAGAAUAUUGUGCGUAAAUUGGUUAAGUAUUCUCAUUGUUCUAACCACCCUGCGGUGAUGGUUGAGACCAAAAGGAAAGACAACUCGGCGCAUCUCCGAUAGCCGAUAUAUCCAACCUGACCAUCCAGGCCACCACUCCCCCACCAACCUCUCCAUCGAACUCUCCCCCACAACAAUCCAUCACAACACCACACCCACCACAAAAGAACCUCCAAACAUGCCCGAAAUCAUCGACGACAAAUCCCAACACUGCAUCCCCUUCCUCCUCGAGCGUCUCAAAGCCCACCAAGCCCGCUUCAACCACGACCCCGCUUCAACCCCGCCCUUCUUCCUCGGCCUCAACGGCGUCCAAGGCGCCGGCAAGACCGUCCUCGUCUCAACCCUCAACUCCAUCCUCCGCUCCCCACCCUACUCCCUCGCCGUCGUAACCCUCUCCCUCGACGACCUCUACCUCCCCCACGCCGCGCAGCAGCGCCUCGCACAGGAAAACCCCUCCAACCCCCUCCUCCAGCACAGAGGCCAACCGGGGACACACGAUCUGCCCCUCGCGCGCUCGGUCUUCGCCUCUCUCCGCGCCGGCGCCCCCACCGCCAUCCCGCAGUAUGACAAGUCUGCCUUUGCGGGGCAGGGCGAUCGCGUCCCUGAGGCGCGCUGGACGACAGUCAAUGGCCAGGGCGAGCCCCAAGUGAAGGUGGUUAUCUUUGAGGGGUGGUGUGUGGGCUUCCGUGCUUGGGAUGAGCUCGUCUUGCGCGAGAAGUGGCAGGAUGCUGUUGCGGAGCGGGAGAGUGCGGGGAGUGCCUAUACGGGCCGGUUAGGAGCCGUUGCGUUUGAGGAUGUUAGAGCUGUGGAUGAGGCGUUGAGGGGGUAUGAUGUUAUUACGGACCAACUCGACGCUCUAAUCCACAUAGACGCCCAAGACCUCCACUUCGUCUACGACUGGCGCCAACAGCAAGAGCUCGGUCUCCGAGCUACAAAAGGCACCGGCAUGACACCCGAGCAAGUCACCCAUUUUGUGGACGGCUAUUACCCCUCGUACGAACUGUUUACCGAAACCCUUCGUCAGGGUGCCUUUAAACCUAUUCCCCAUUCGACGACGGCGGGGGCGCCCGCGACGGGAUGGGAGGGGAGACAGUUGCGGUUGGUUGUUGAUAAGGAUCGUCGGGUGCAGGAGGUGAUUCGGAUUUAAGGUCCACCGAUAAUCGCGGACGAAAAUACGAUGGAUAGAUAGAUCGAUGUUAGACCUUUAUUCAAACAAUGUAUAUACGAGUUAUGGUGGCAAGUUGAGGAUAGACGCUGGCUAAAGCCGGUAAGG